CCAAAUAAUUUCAAAUGAGUGAACGCAGUCGAAGCAGAAGUAGAAGCAAGAGCCCUAAACGUGAACCGUUGUCUCCCACGGCCACAAAACAUGUAAAUUCAGCUCGUGGUGAAGACGACGAAGACGAGCGGGACCGUCGUCAUCGCACGCCAUCCCCGCGCCGUGGGCAUCAUCGCAGCUAUUCGCGAUCGCCCUCGAGAUCGCCCCAUCAUCGUCGCUCUUCUAGUCGACGUCGUCAUAGUUCGCGCCGUAGAUAUGCUUCACGCUCGCCUCAUCGAUCUUCGAGACGUUAUUCUCGAUCACCACCUCCACGCAAGGCUCGUACAGGUCCUUCCCAGCCAAAGGAAUGCCGUGUGUACGUAGGAAAUCUUUCGUAUGACACCAAAUGGCAUCACCUCAAAGAUUUCAUGAGAGAGGCUGGAACUGUCAUGCAUGCCGAUAUUUUAACCUUGGCAAAUGGAAGAUCCAAGGGGUGUGGUGUUGUAGAGUAUAAGCAUCCAGAAGAUGCGCAGAAUGCAAUUCGUUUGCUGCACAAGACGGAGUUCAUGGGUAGACCAGUGUUUGUGCGCGAGGAUCUCAAGUCAGAAACACCCGGGUCGACAAAGGAGGCCCCCGAGGAAUGUCAAUUGUUUGUUGGCAAUCUUCCAUAUUUUGCGAGCUGGCAGGACUUGAAGGAUCUGUUUAGAAAAGCAGGCAGAGUGAGACACACAGACAUUGUCACAGAUCCGGAAACCCGUCGGUCUUCUGGAAGAGGUUUGGUGAUCUUUGAUGACCCACAAGAUGCUCGCUCGGCUAUUGAAAUGUACAAUGGUUAUGAAUGGCAAGGAAGGCGGUUGGAAGUGUGCGAGGAACGUAAUCGUCCUCCACCAAGAGUAAGUGGCGGUAACGAAUCGAGAGGUAGCGGACAAGCUUUACACCGAGAUUCUGGUCGAGAGCGGUCGAUAGAAAACUACCGUUCAUCGAAAGACGUGUCAGCUCAUGUUUCUCAUCCUCCUCCGCCUCCACCCAUAUCACAUUAUGGAGGAGAUAAUUAUGACAACUCAUAUCGCUACCAGGAUGGAGGUGCACCACACGCUGUACUUCCUAUGGCACAAAUGCCUCAUCAAAUGAAUGUCGUGGGUGGACCUGGAGCCUCUUUACCUAGCAUUGGGGCUAACCAGAUCUAUGUUAAAAAUCUGCCAUACUCUACUACCUGGCAAGACCUUAUUGACCUUUUCCGCCAUGUUGGACCCGUUGUAAGAGCAGAGAUUUUACUUUCGGGUGCUCACCCCAAGGGAUCCGGAUUAGUUAGAUUUGAGGACUUCCAGACCUGUGAGCGUGCAAUCGACAAAUUCAAUGGGUAUCUUUAUGGUGGUCGUCACCUUGACAUUCGCUUGGACAGACAAUCCACUUGUGCUUAAAACAAAAAACAAAACAAACAAAAAAAAAACAAGAAACUCAUUUUUAUUCGCAUUUUUACUUUCUCUUAUUUCUCUCUCUUCUACUUACUUUCGUUUCUAUCUUUUCGUUCUGUUCUCUGUGUCGCUUUUAUGUAGAAAGCCAAGUGCUGUUUUCCCACCCCCCUCUUCCCUCCCUUUUCCUGUCUCGGUUCUUAAAUAGGGCUUUAUUGGCCAAUAAAACAGAAAUGAAAUG